ACAUAGAUGAGUGUUCAGAAGGCACCAGUGGUUGCACACAGAUCUGUAACAAUGAACUGGGGUCCUACAACUGCUCCUGUAACACCACAGAAGGCUACGUCCUGUACACCACCAAUGGCACAGAGAUGUACUACAUCCCAGACAUCGAAACUGGACUGAGAAAGGGAGACUCCUACCACAUCAACCACACUUGUGUUUUACGCAUGUGCCCCUCACCUGCUAAUGCCAUCAUCAAUGGCAAGUUCCUGUCAGGGGCGUACAUCUUCCGUGUUGGUGAACGUGCCAGCUACCAGUGUGACCUGGGCUAUGUGAUGGACGGGUCAACCUCCAUGACAUGUGGCGCUGAUGGACAGUGGAUUGGAGAGCCUCCUAAGUGCAGUGUUGCCACUUGUCCCCCACUUAACCUGACUGGUCUGAGUGCCCCCCCAGUGGUCAGUCCCAGCUCAGCUGUACCCUAUAUGUCAGUGGUCAAUAUGACCUGUACAGUGGACGGCUACAAUGACCCAGUGGUCAGAACUAGGCAAUGUCUCUAUGACAGGACCACCAAUAUGUACAGACUGAUGGGAGACAGGCUGGAAUGUCCAGUAAUUGACUGUGGAGACCCUGGAGUUAUCUCUGGCUCUAACUACACAGUAGGUGGAACCAACUUUGGGGAUUCAUUUACAUUUGUCUGUAGUCGUCUGAACACCCUCCAAGGACAGUCCACCAUGGGUGACCAUGUGGUCCGCUGCAGGAACAACUCACGCUGGGACUUUGGAGACUUGGCUUGCAAAGGUGACACAUGUCUUGACCCUGGUCGUCCAGCUGAUGGCUAUCAGAACGCCACCAGGUACGAGCAAGGAUCUCUGGUCACGUACACCUGUCUUCGUGCGGGGUACGAGCCCCGCCCUGAGUUCCCACUUAUGUGUAUCGUGGUGGGAGACAAACUGCAGUGGAAUGCAUCUGUUCCUACCUGUGAAGAUGUGGAGUCACCGCAGUUAAUGAACUGCCCCCAGGAGGUGAUGUAUGUGAAGAAGUACUACGCUGCUGGUAUCAUCCCACCGUCUGCCACCGACAACUCGGGCAUGGCCACCGUCACCGUCAGUCCCGCCACCUUCCUGCCAAACCUGACCCUCACUGAGCCUGUCAAUGUCACCUAUACCGCCACUGACCCAUCAGGCAAUGCCGUCUCUUGCAUGGUACAGAUUAGAAUUAGAUCUGAGAUGCCCCCCAGUCUCACCUGCCCAGACCCAGUGAUUGUGUACAUAGAGAACAACACACUGCCAAAGACUGUCCAGUUCACAGGGGCGGUGGCCAGUGCUGGGGCCAUGGUGACCUAUGAACCCUCAGAAAUGACCUAUAAUGCCUCAGACAUAGACAACCUGCUGUCCCCUGUAGUGGUGACGGCCAGAGAUAUGAUGAACAAUACUGCCCAGUGUAGAUUCCAUGUGGCCGUCAAAGCCGCUAACUGCACCCCCUGGGCUCUGCCUGCACCUGUCAAUGGCAUGAAGAGCUGUAUGAUGUCACCAGGUGGAGGUUACACCUGUACCAUGACGUGUGACGCUGGUUACGCCUUUGAACAGGCCGCUGGUGACCUCAGUUAUACCUGUGAUGGUAGUCAGGACUGGGUGCCUGGCAACUAUGUACCUGACUGUGUGGCUACGAGCAAAGCUCUUUUUACCUUUUCCUUGCGCCAGACGUAUGAUGCAGCUGGGGGAGACCUUAAUGACACCUGUAUUCAGGAAUACACUGCACUCUUCAACAGGGAGAUCAUGGCAGUGACUGAUGCUUUUGAGGUUAAUUUGGGAAGAUUUUAUGUUGCAGGGACAAACAUGACAGCUAUCAUCAGUGACACCACCAUGGGAAUACUGAGUGCCACGCAGAGGGGGUUGGACAGACAGUAA